AUUGGAUGAAUGUCAGCUCGCCCGGGCUUUCCGACCAAUUCGCCACAGGACGCUUGUUUUCUGGUUUGAACUACUACCAACAAACUUACACCUCUGCACGCCCAUCUACAGCAACGUUCCCACAGACUAGACGAAAUCCUACAAAUAGUUCGUCGUUAAAAUGUCGUUCGUACCUAACUUUCCACCUUCGCUGCUUCAGCGUAUCAAAAGUGAUGACAAGGGAGACGAAAAAAAGCGAAGUAAAGAUGAUUAUAGGAAGAUGAAAGAGCUUGAGGAGGCCCGGAAACUGGCUGUUAUGCCAGCUAUGAAAGAUGAAGAAGGACGAGAUAUAAAUCCUCAUAUUCCACAAUAUAUCAUGCAGGCGCCAUGGUACUAUGGUGCUUUGCAUCCUACUUUGCGUCAUCAGCGUAUACAAGAUGAGAAGAAACGUGAGGAGCUUUCUGGCAAGAUGAAGGGCUCAAACGCUUUAAAUAUGUGGUACAAACGGGGAAUUCCUCAGAUUAAGCAGAAAGUCACUUUUUACCGAGAUGGGGCUUGCGAAAAUUGUGGAUCUAUGUCUCACAAACGGAAAGAUUGUCUUGAGCGGCCUCGAAAGGUAGGUGCAAAGUACACUGGAAUGGAUAUUGCUGGAGAUGAAUAUCAACAAGAAACACUGGAACUGGACUACGAAGGUAAACGUGAUCGCUGGAAUGGGUAUGAUCCAUCGGAGCACAAAAGAAUAUUUGAAGAAUACCAACGUCUCGAAGAAGCAAGAAAAAUAGCCAAAGCAAAGAAGUUAGAAGAAAAGCUGACCAAGGCGACUGAAGGAAGUGGUGGACAAGAAGAACCUGCAGCGUCUGCUGCUAAACCCAGUUUGGAUGAAGAUGGAGAUUUUGAUAUAGAAGAUGGUGACAGAUAUGGUGAUGAGUUAGAUAUGCCUGGCCAAAAGUUUGAUAGUAAACAGCGUCAAUCUAUCCGUAACUUGCGUAUUCGUGAGGAUACUGCAAAAUAUCUAUUCAAUCUGGAUCCUAAUAGCGCAUACUACGACUCAAAAACUCGCGCUAUGCGUGGCAAUCCCUUUGAAAAUAGUGGAAAACCAGAGUCAGAAGUACCGUUUGCUGGAGAUAACUUUGUUCGUUUUGAUGGUGAAGUCCAUGACAUGAUCGAAAGACAAGUAUUUGCUUGGGAAAUGCAUGAUAAGUUGGGUUUGGAUGUUCACUUACAAGCAGAUCCAACUCGUCUGGAAUUGUUAGCCAAAAAAGUUUCUAAAGCUAAAUGUGACGUCCAAAAUAAAGUGCGUGCAGAAAUUCUUGAACGCUAUGGUGGUCAUGAACAUUUAGAAGCACCUCCAAAAGAGUUAUUGUUUGGUCAGUGGGAAUCAUAUGCUGAAUAUUCACCGACUGGUCGUAUGAUUAAAGGCGCAGAACAGCCUACAGUCAAAUCCCGCUAUGAAGAAGAUGUUUUCAAUAACAAUCACACGAGUGUAUGGGGCUCAUAUUGGUUCAAUGGCCAGUGGGGUUAUCGAUGCUGUCAUUCACUCAUCAAGGAGUCUUACUGUUUGGGAGAAAAAAGCAAACAAAUAAGUUUUCCAGAAGUCCCGGAUGGUGCAACAGCUAUGGCGCUGCUACAACCACCACCCAUGCCUACAAGUGGUGAGACAAAUUCUGAUAUUGAAGCCAAUUCAAAAAGUCAUGCAGAUAGUGAAACUUUAAAACGUAGGAAGCGAAAACGAGUGAAAAGUAGACAGACUUCAAGCCGAUCUAGCUCCAGCUCAUCCUCAAGUUCAAGUGGCAACUCCUCUGAAGAGGAAUUAGCAAUUCGCGUCAGUGAUAAAGAUCAGCAUCAAGAAAUAUUCAGCGAACAGCCGCAUUCUAGGUCUCCAGUAGAAGCAGACUUAGAUGAAUACACUUCAGACCCCAAAACUAAAGAAGCUAGAGAUAAAGAGUUAGCUCGGUCAGAAUCUCGACGUGAGCGUAUUCGUGCUCAGCGGGCCGAUAAAAAGAAAAAAGAAAAGACCAUCUCAAGAAAUCUUCCAAAAAUAAGCAUAAACGUAGACGUAAUAGUAGCAGUAGUAGUUCAGGUUCAUCUGAAGAAUCGGAAGACAAUAUUGAUAAAAUUCAGGAGCGGUUAAUCCAAGAAGCUAUAAAGAAGGAAAGAGAACGUUUGAAAGCAGUAGAUGAAUAUCUUGCAAUGGACGAGCGUAAGCGACCAUACAAUUCACUUGCUGAAGUUAAACCUCCCACUGUAGAAGAAAUGGAAGCUUAUUAUCGUACAAAGAUGAACCGUGAUGACCCAAUGUCACAUUUUAUGUAACUAGUACUUCAAUAAUCAGUUAUCAGAUAUUGUACAGAUGAACACUAAUUAAUUUCACUUAUGAUUUGAGUACCUUGACUUUAAUUUCUUCAAAACCAUUCACGUAAUAUAAAACUGAAUUUUAAGGAGAAU